AUGCUGCCCCGGCCUCGCCGUGGCGCGUGGGUGCUGGCCGCGGCGCCGCUUCCCGGGGCACGCGGUGCUCGAGACCCUGGUGUCGCUGCCCCUGGUGCUCCGCCGGUGGCGACGGGGCUCAUCCUCAUCACCGUCCUGGGGCGGCGGGGCGUGCUCGGGGGGCUGCUCGAACGGAUGGGCCUCGAGGUGAUGUUCACGUGGCGGGCGGUGGUCGUGGCGAUGGCGGUGAUGGGCCUGCCCCUGCUGCGUGCGCUCGGCGCGGGCGGGGUUCGAGCAGGUGGACCGGCGCUACGAGCAGAUCGCGGCGACGCUGGGGGCCCGGCCGGCGCGGGUCUUCUUCACGGUGAGCCUGCCCCUGGCCCGGCGCGGGGUGCUCGCGGGGUCGCUGCUGGGGUUCUCGCGGGCGCUGGGCGAGUUCGGGGCGACGAUCAUGGUGGCCGGCGCCCUGCCGGGCACGCGGACCAUCGCGGUGGCCAUCUACACCUACACCGAGACCGGCCAGGACGCCGCCGCCGCGAUGAUGCUGGCGGUGUCGGCGGCCAUCGCGUUCGGCGCCCUGCUCGCGUCGAACCGCCUGACCGCAGCAUGACCGGCGAGGCGCCGAGCCCCGGCUCCAUCACCCUCGACUUCGCCCUGCAGCAGGGCGGCUUCGUGCUCGAGCUGCGCGAGCGCAUCGAGGCGCGGGUCGUCGCCCUGUUCGGCCCGUCGGGGGCCGGCAAGACGACGGUGCUCGAGUCGAUCGCGGGGCUGCGCCGGCCGCGGCGCGGCGUCAUCCGCAUCGGCACGCGCACCCUCUUCGACGCCGAGGCGGGGGUGGACGUGCCCUGCCACCGCCGGGCGUCGGCUACGUGCCCCAGGACCUCGCCUCUUCCCCCACAUGAACGUGCGCCGCAACAUCCUCUACGGCGCGGGGGCGGGACCGGGCGGCGGGUUCGAGCACGUCAUCGCCCUGCUCGAGCUCGGUCCCUGCUCGACCGCGGCGUCGCCGGCCUUUCCGGCGGCGAGCGCCAGCGCGUCGCCCUCGCCCGCGCCCUCGCCGCGUCGCCGGCCCUCCUGCUGCUCGACGAGCCCCUCGCGGCCCUCGACGCCACCCUGCGCGGCCGCAUCCUGCCGUAUCUGGAACGCAUCCGGGACGACCUGGCGACCCCAUGCUCUACGUGUCCCACGCCGAGGCCGAGGUGCGCGCCCUCGCCGACUGGGUGGUGGUGCUCGACGCCGGCCGCGCCGUGCGGUCGGGGGCCGAGCUGUGACGUGCCGGGCGCGGAAGGUCCGGCACGCGUGCACGGAGCCGCCGCGUGCGCUAUGAUCGGACCUGAAUUCAGACCGUUUUCGAGGUGGUUAUGCCGACUGCGGUUGUCAGUCUGA